AUGCAGAAAGGUUUGUCUGAGAUGCUAUCAGGCUCACUGGCACAGCGGUCUGAACAGCACCCUGCCCAGCCCUGUCACCGUCUUCAUCAUCCAGGGCUGGCCAGUCUGGUGGAAAACAGAAUGGUCCUGUUUGUCAUCUUCUUGUUGGCCUUCUCCAUCAUCCUAGGAGGAAACAUCAUCUAUCUGGUGCAGACCGACCCGAAGCUGGGCUCCCCAAUGUACUUCUUCUUCCACAACCUGUCCUUCAUGGACAUGGUCUACACCACAGUCACUAUCCCCAACAUGUUGUCAGGCUUCCUGACCGAGGUCAAGACUGUUUCCGUCCCCGGCUGCUUCCUCCAGAUGUACUGCUUAAUCCAGAUGGCCGUCAACAACCGCACCCUGCUGACCGUCAUGGCCUACGACAGCUAUGUGGCCAUUUGUAAUUCUCUCCGCUACGCCGCUGUGAUGACCCGCCCCGUCCGCCUGCUCCUCAUCAUCGGGGCGUGGACCUUAGGCGCCAUCUGCACCCUCCCGGCCACUACCAUGGCAACGCGGCGUUCGUACUGCAGACCCAACGUGGUGCGCCACUGCUUGUGCGACCCAUCCUCAGUGAGGCGGCUGGUGUGUGGAGACACAGAUGGACAGUAUCAUGUCGGCACGGGCGGCAGUGUGGCAAUAGCUAAAAUGGGCGCCGCCCAGCGACUGAAGGCGUUCACCACCUGUGCCGCCCACCUGACGGUUGGGUCCAUCUCUUACAGCUCCAACUCGUUCGUCUACAUCUACUACCGUGUGGGAAACUUCUCUCCAGAGGUGUGUAUCAUCGUGUCGGUGCUGUACUCAGCUCUGACUCCUUUCCUGAACCCGAUUAUCUACAGCAUAAGGAACACGUUGCUGAGAGAGGCCAUCAAGAGGGCCUUCUGCCAACACAGAGCCAUCUCACCACAGGGCCGAUAA